AUGGUGCUUAUUCUCUCACUUCAGCAGAGUGAGGGAAAUCGCAAGACUGAUAACAAGACCGAAAGAUAUCAAGUAGGUGUUUUUAAAGGGCGCCUUGCAGUUUUCUACGACAGUCGACAAGGACCACCUGAAGUCGAAGAUGUAGAUGCGGCUAACCAAGACAUAUCACUCGAUGAGGCCCCCUCGUAUCCAUUUUUCGUAACCUCCUUUGAUGGUUUUAUGGAUGGCACAAAAGAAGAACUAAGUCCAAAGACUAGUGAGGAACCAGAGGUGUUGGAGAUUCUCAUGGCGGAUAUAAGUGCACGUGUUGCCGAACGAGAAAAUGUCACUAUAGUUAAUCGAGGUUUUAACGCCGAUAAAUUUCUGGAGAGGAUUCUUAGAUCACUUCAAAAAAGUAUUGAAGGAUCUGCAGAGAAUGCUAUGCAAAUCGUUGCUGAUGAGAUAGCCAAAGAAAAGCAAAUGCAACGCCUUUUACAACUAGAGAAUGAAGCGAACUUGCAUGUGCCAAGGGAGUAUAAUGUUGUAACUGAAGAGGAACAAAAAGUAAGAGAGGCUACCGGACUUUCUUCAAAAUUAACACGAAGUUUACGAGAGUUGAAGAAGAAAAAAUUUUUCUUACUUGCUUCAGGAAAACGAGCCGCAGAAAGAUUUACCUUGUUGACAGCUGCACACCACGGGGAAUUGGUGCCACCAUGUACAAGGGGAUCUUGUCUCACACCAGAAGCUUUUAUAACAAUGCCACCUCAACGGGCUCCUCAAAAUAUAGUACUACCUCGUGGAAAACUUUCAAGUGCAAGAAAUUCUUACUUUAGUUCUCGCUUUCAACGAAGAUCAACACUUAGCGUGUUAAGUGGGCUUGAAGUCAUUGAAGAUGUUGUUGUUGAACCUAUCAAAGGAAAUGGAUGGGGAAAAGAAAUCAAUUAUUAUGUUUUUAAUGGAGAAAAUUCUGUAAUGGCACUUCCAGGAAUACCAAAAUUUGAAGAUGUUGUAAAAGGGUUUACAGUAGAUUUUUGGUUUAAAAGAAAUGAAGCUGAAAAAGCUGAAAAACGUGUUUUCCUUCAUAUUAUGGAUGGCCAACGUGCGGAUAUUGGUCAGUUAUUUCAGAUAAGCUUGAGACAAUAUGAAGAGAUGGGUGAAGCAAUUUGUAUAUAUGUUCGUGAUGGUACUAACCGUGUAUUGGAAUGUUUAAUGCCGCUAAGGACCCAUAUGAAUGAAGCAGGAGGAGAAGAAACUUUUCAUCAUUUUAUGCUUCGUGUUUUGAGUCUUGAAGAAGGUAACUUGGAAUGUUAUUUUGAUGGUCAAUCUGUGGCGUUACAAAUUGUACAACAAGAAUACCCUAUUCUUUUUAAUCCGUGGCCUCACCGAUUAUUUAUUGGUGGAUAUUUAGAUGAAUCUAAUACUCCGACCUGUGUAUUCUGUGGAGCCAUUAUUGAAGUACGUUUUUCAGUAACUACGGAAAAGGGAUUUACACCAGUCGUUCGAUGGCCAUUACUUGUAGAUGGUGGGAAACUCAAAGAGGUAACACUUACUAUUCCACCAGAACAUCAUGACACGUUAUUAAAUCUUGAAAAGCAAGUGGAUAAACCCCCACGUUGUGCACCUUCUUUAGAUGGAAAUCUUGUUGUUAACUUGGGUACCUUGGGUGUCCUUGGAGAGUUAAUGUAUAACUGGAGGUUAGAAAUUCGAUUCAGAACGGAUGUUAACAAUCGUACAAUGAGUUUAAUUGGUGUGACAGAUCGACAAUGUAGAAUGCAAGAGUUUGGUGUUGUAUUAAAUGCAGAACCUGUAUUUGGAAAAGAAAGAUUUCGUUUUCAUGAAUAUAAUAUCACUUUAUAUCUCGUUGACGCUUUUGGAGCUUGCUGUUCAGCGUUAUUACGAGGGAGUGAACAUCAAAAUUUUAUGGAUGGUCAAUGGCAUACAUUGGUGUGGAAGUGUAUAGACAGUGAAGCGAAUACCUACCGAGUAAAGGUGGAUGGUGUGGUACAGGAAUUACUUUAUUUGGUGAGAGAAGGACCGAGAAGAUUUUUACCGUUUGUGGAUUGGGUGUGUCUUGGUGGACAUAAUACACGUAAUUAUAAAGUUCGACGACCUUUCUAUGGUGAGAUUGCACGUUUUUUUAUAUCUGUUCGUGGAGUUCCACUUGCGACACUAAACAUGGAUGAAGGUCCUGGCGCAUAUGUAUUGCAAGAUGCCUCCGGUCGACACAAUCAUGGACUUCUUAUCAAUCCCCUUACUAAUGCGGUACGCCGUCAUGAUGUUUUGUGGUUUCCACAUAUUGAAGAAUCUCUUCUUGAGGGGACUGAUGUUUCUGGAAAAGAUGAAUUCAUUAUUCAUAAAAAUAAUGUUGUAUCAAUGGCAGCUGUUGUUUUUACAUGUGAUUUCAAUUCCGCAGGUGUUACACGCGAAGUGGCUUAUGAUAUUCUCGGAGGAACUACUUUGGAAUUAGAUGUAGUUGAGAAACAUAUCUCUGAUAAUCGACCUGAAUGGAAAACGUGGAGAGCCCUACCCGACAGUUGUUUUAAACAAGUAGAAUCUCUUGUACAACUUGAAGAGGUAAUUAACAGUACACUUUCUACUAAAUUACCUGUUGGUCAUUUUAUGUUUAUUAUUCGAAUAGGUGACUGUUAUGUUACUUUAUUAAAUUUGUACGGUCCUGUACUUCCACCAGAUGCAAAAUAUAAUGUUGACAUGCUCAAAUGGCAAUAUGGUUAUGCCAUUUCAGGUACCAAAGGACGACGAGAACUUUUGCUUAAUCAAAUGAUACAAGGAGUUGAAAGUAUUCUUGUAAGUGAUACAUUAACCCCCUUUACUACUGCAAAGUUGGGUCCAUUAAAUUCAAGUGGAAAAAGUAUUGUAACAGAAGAUAUUAUAAGAUCUUUGCAAAACAGUGGAAAACCGUGGUACCUCUCUGCUGUAUUACAUCAUCAUCUCCUUAAUGCUGAGUUUGGUUCUAGUCUUCAUAUCAUUCAUCAUUUUCCCGAACGUCUCUCAGCUGAUGAGGCAGCGUCUAUUGCAUUAUUUAACAAACGUCUUUAUAAUGGAUCUAAAGAAAAAGCAUCCAUAAUGAUACAACGAAAUUGGAGAGCACGACAAGCACGUCUGCAAGCUAUGCAAUUAAACGCUGAAAAAGAAAUUCGAGAACGAAAAGUGGAAGAAAUAACAGCUUUGCGUCUAAACCCUCUGGUACAAGCGAAGAAAAAACUCUUUGCCCUUCUUAUUACACUUCAUCAGAUUGUUUCUGAAGCGAUUCCUCCUAUAAGUGAUGACGCACAUGAGUUAGCCGCAGUUUUGGUAAAACAAGGAUAUGAAGUUACACAUUUACCUAAUCCUGAUAGAGCUACGUUAAUGAAAGCUCUUUCAGAUAUUGAUGAGGAUGCAUCAAGUUUUGUGUAUAUCAGUGGAUAUGGUGGAACUAUGGGUGUACAUCAACCCCCUCUUAUUUCUUUACAUAGCCUUCAUAUAAUGAUUUCAGAAGGUGCACAUCGUGUUGCUAUUGAACAAGAAUGGGGUACAACCUAUCGAAGAAUUCGGAAAGAGUUCUUGGAAGAAUAUCCACAACCAAAGGUGAAAAAAGGAAAACGUAAGAAUAAUGCUCCGCCAAGCAAGAAGGCGCUUCAAGAAGCAGAAAUGGCUGCACGUCAUCGCGAAGAAAUAUUCCGUAUGUCAGUUGCAGAAAUUGAAAAAGAUGAAGAGAAUUUGCGUAGAGCAUUUUCAGAAGAAUAUGAUACUGAAGUAUUAAUGAUCAUACGAGAAAUGAAAUUGGCUAUUGAAGCUACAAUGGAAUAUGAACGUGUAUACAAGAAAGAUCCUUUAGGGGUUCAAUUUGUUCUUCCAUGUGAGGCUAAACUUAUCGAACCAUAUGCAAACACUGUUUAUACUGUGGAAGAAUUAUUACACAUAGCUCUACAUCGUCAUAUGACUCCAGUAGGGUUACAACGAGUUGUCGCUUUGGAUUUGGAGCCCAUUACACCAAUGUCAUGUGGUUUUGCAUGUGUGGCUAGUAGCACAGGGUACACACUACGAUUUCCAUACCAACCACAGCAACGUCGUGUUAUAACAGAUUACGUCCGAAAGGCAUUUGAAGGUCGUUUACCUCGCAUUCCAGCCAAUACUCGGUAUGCCAUAUUAAAAGGAGGAAUUGAAACUGAAUCUAAUGAACGAGACUGGAGGUCAUUUGCAACAUAUUUGGUGUCAAGGAUGCAAUCUAUAUGUAGUAAAGAGGCAUAUGCAGCGUUACGUGAAGAGCUUGAUCGUGAGGUUCCAUUUACGGCAGAACUUAUUCCUGUACGUAAUAUAUCUUUGGAUUCUGAUGUAAAAGAUAAGCUACGCCGCGAAAGGGAAGCAAAGGAAAUAAAUAUUAUUAUGCGAUACGCCGUGGGGAGUUCACAAGUACAAUCCGAUAUGUUUAGUGUAUUUAGGAAUGUAGUUACGUUUGGUGGACCUCUGAAGGAAAUUCUAUUUAAAAAUACUAUUUACGUUGUGUUUACACGUAAUAAUAAAGACAUUGAUGGUCUUGUCAAGGAGGCAAUAGUCAAGGAAGUUGAGAAGUGUCGUCCAUCAGGGUGUAAACUUACUCUAAAUUUCAAUGUUACUGCUGGGGGUGUACGUAUUGUUUUUAACAGCACAGACUCUAGCGAUAAGAUGUACAUAACACAAUGGAUAAAUGGCAUUGUAGUGCGGAGCCUUACGUGGCAACUUCCAGUUAACCCGUUCUUUGGUUACCGUACACUGGAUGUGGGUUUGGUUGAGUAUCUCUAUGAAGUGAAGAGUACUUGUUCGCUGCGCAAAUUCCGUCAAUUACAGAAACAACAACAUGAGCAACCUGUACCAGCCCCUUAUAUCCGUUUCAUCGGUUGUGAAGAUCUCUCCUCGUCGUAG